AUGCCUUAUUCUUGGUCUCGUUGUAUUUAUCGCUGUUGUUGUUGUCAGUGUUAUACAAAUAUUGGCGCGACGGAGAACGGUGUUAAUAAUACAGGUGGAAAUAAAUCUACCAGUGGACAAUGGGAUAUUUAUUUAGAUUCUCAAUAUGAUACAUUGACAGGAUCUCUUAUCAUUGCAUCAGAAGAAAGUGAUACAUGUUUUGAAUAUAUCCAUCGAUCAUUUCAUAUACUCAGUAUCAGUACUCCUAUUAUCCUUGUCGAAGCAAUAUUGGUGAUAAUCUUCAGUUUAAUGUUUAUAUUUGGAUGUAAAUAUUCAAAUGAUUGUCCAAUACAACCAUUACUUAUUAUUUAUCAUCUUAUUGGCGGUGGUGUUGGUUCUCUUUUUUGGUUAUGGUUAAUGUUACGAGCAUUACGCCGUAAGCGACAAGAGUCUGGUCUUGAAGAUGAUGAUGAUGAUACUGAUUAUGAUGCACAUUUAGAAGAGGGUUCUAGUGGUCAAAGACUUAAAGAUAAUGGAAUAUGGUUUAUGGAAUUGUUAGCUUUUAUUUUUCUUCUUGUUUCUUUUUUAAUGGGAAAUUAUUGGACAUGGUCCAUUUUUUGGCCAGCACAAGAUAUGACUGAAACUCAACCGAUUGAUUGGUGUAAUCAUUCUUUGUAUAUAUUUACACUCGAAAUUUGCAAUUAUAGUGGAUAUAAAAUCUAUCCUGGCCAUGGCAAACGUGUUGUUAAAGUUGAUGGCAAAGUACAUAUCUAUUUAAAUUCAAAAUGUCAACGAUCGGCUGAUAUGCGUCGAAAUCCUCGUCGUGUUACAUGGACUGUUUAUUAUCGUCGUAAACAUAAGAAAGGUGCUGCCGAACAAGAAGUUAAAAAACGUACUCGACGUAAUAUUAAAUUUCAACGAGCUAUUACUGGUGUUACCUGGAACGAGAUUCUUGCUAAACGUAACCAACAACCAGAAUUUCGAAAGGCUCAACGACAGGAUGCCAUUAAUGCUGCUAAACAAGCUAAAAAGGCAAAAGCUCAACAAAAGAAAGUUGUACAAUCAGCUGUUGUCAAAAGUGCUAAACAAGUGAAGAAACCAGAAAGGAUUCAAAAAAAUAUACCAAAGGCUGGCCCAAAGAAGGGCACGCAACGAUAA